CGCAAUCCGCGAUAGCAGUUCCUAAAGGAGAAGACGGAGAAAUGGAGUUGUUCGUUUCCACUCAAAACCCAACAAACACGCAAGUAAGUGUUGUUAAAAACCAACCUUUCCAAUGCAAGUUACACUAAGGUUAAAACCUCACAAUACGGACACCAAUGGAAUAGACUCUAGUGUCCGCGUCACAAUGUCUGUACAAAAGAAAAGAGAGGGAGUGCUUUUUAUCUUUCUUCCCCUAAAAAGGGGGGGGGGGUUAUUAGAGAGGGGGGCUAGACUACAAAACAGUCUUUAUUUUUGCGUAUUCAAGUACGGGCGACCUGUCAAACAAAAGGUCUGGAACGAGGCUGAAAACAGAGAGCGAGACUGGGGAGAGAUGCAGGGCGUGUGAGGCUCGCACGCUUCGCGCGCGUAAUACUCUUAUUCCACUACGGAUUACGCCGCGCUUAACCGAUUUCUUUACUUAUCUUGAGGAAAAAACCGACUGUUUUGCAGUCUAAGGGGGGAGGGGGGGGGGGGGUAAUAGAGGAAAUACGGUAUUCUUCAGAGCCUUUUCAAUCUUUUGUUCUAUGUCAAUCGGUGAUUAUACUGCACCCACUCGCAACACCAAUUUUCCGAUGAGCAUGCUCAUCCCCUUUGUAUGGGAGUCCCCUUCAUUGGCAACUACUUCCAAUAUCAGCUUGCUUUUUCGCCCUAUCUCAUUCCACUAGAGAGCCUCUUUCUUUUCUUCUUGUGGCUAUAUCAUAAGAGGCCAUUAGGGGUUGUGGCUUGAACACUAUCCUUUAUCGUUGUAUGCCAUACACAACAACAAGAAAGCAAAAAAUUGGACUGAAAGUAAAAUUAUAUCACGGCAUUCUUUUUUAUCGACAGAUGCUUGUUGCGAAAGCCCUAGGAGUUCCUGCCAGUAGAAUAGUAGUGCGCACCAAAAGAAUGGGUGAGUUUUUGCUUUAAAUUUGAAUCUAAAUCUAAAUUGAUGACCGUAUCAUUCUCCCAUGCGGGAUAUAUAUGAUACGGGAGUAUGAUCAGCGGUCUUAGUCAUAAUAGUGGCUAGUUUAGUAAACACAACUGAUCAUGUUUAAUAGUCGAAAUCGAAAUUGCUUACUGACAAAAAUAUUCCCGCGUCUCGGGUUACUUGAUGGUGCAAUAAGAUCACGUGACUACUAUAUUACGCAGACAUCAAUAAAUUAACAUAAAUUAUAUAAAAAUGUUCACAACACUCCCCAGGGUUGCAUCACGACUUCGUGAUAAAACGCUUUGACUCAACAGUAUAAAUCUUGAAUGUCCACUAUUCAAUAAAUGUCAAAAGAGCUUCGUCGUCUACAAAGUUCACUGUUUGAAAAGACACAAUUUUGAAUUCAUCUCAUAUACAGUUCAGUUCAAUGUUCACUCAGAAACUUCAACAGGAAUUAAGUCCUGUAUCACUCUACGUAAUACUUGUGGCUUUCGAUCCCCUUUGCCAGCAACCUUGACCUUUGCUGAUCGAAUCUGACCAUCUCUACCCGGUAACAGUUCUUGAACCUUUGCCAGUUUCCAAAAUGUUCUUUUCGUCAGAUCAGACUUCACGAUCACAAUGUCACCUACUGAGAUUGGGCUGUCCUUGUUUUGCUUCUUACAUCUCUCAUUAGAGCGCUCUCGUAGACUCAAAAGAUACUCGUGCUGCCAUCUCUUGGUGAACUGAUGCAGUAAUCGUUGGUGAUGCUUAGCUCUCUUUGUCAAGGUCUGAUUAACACUAACAACUUCGAAAUGCUGGUUACUUGGUGCACUAGUAAUUCGUCUACCAGUAAUUAGAUGAGAUGGCGUAAGUGGAGUGGAAACUGACUCUUCAUCAUCAUAGACAUAUGUUAACGGUCGUGCAUUUACGAUUGCUUCGAUCUCCACCAUUGUGGUUUGUAGCUCAUCAUAGUUUAACGUAGAGCGUCCCACUGUUUUCUUCAAUGGUUGCUUCACAACUUUAACCAUCCGUUCCCAGAAUCGUCCUCGAAUAGUGGUUAAGGUGUCCUUGAUACCACUGUGUUUAAUCUUGGAGUGCACAUCCUGGAUGAUGAGACUAGUUAGUGGGUGUUUAGACGGAAGUAAGAUUGGAUUCUUGCUUUCUUCAGAGAGCGGUGCAUUGUUUACUCUCCCCUUGCAUCUGAUGAUUUGUUGGUUGUCAAGGAACAAGUUGAAUUGCGUGACAUAGACGAGUGGAAAUGUUCCCCUUUUGCUUUGAAGAAAUUCGAGUUCUUUGGCAAAUGAGGCUUUCUGUACAGUCUUGAUCCACAGCAUUUCAGCUUGAUUUAACUCUUGAGCAUUAAGUUCCCUUUUUGACGAAUGUUCUGGUAGCUUGUGAGUUUCACGGUUUGAUACACCGUUCUUCGCAUUACCUAUGAACCGUAAUAGGUAGGCUGUCACGCGGAAUAAUCGUGUUACACUGCAGUAUCGUUCAAUGUCAAUGACUUGACUGAGAUUGAUUGAAUGGUCUUCUGACUCUGUCGUGACCAGAGAGUGCGUGACACUCACAGGGCUUUUUAGAACUUCUUGAAGGGCUUCUUCGUCAUCAGACAAAGCACUUGUUUGGGGCGACUCAGGCCAAUGUUCUCUCACUAACUUCAGAAACUUGGGCCCAUUCCACCAUGUCUGGUUUUGUGCUAAUUGCUCUCCUCCACAUCCUCGUGAUGGUAGAUCAGCGGGGUUCAACUCCCCGGGACAGAAAUUCCAGUUGGCUUCGUUAGUUAGUUCUCGUAUCCUGCUGACCCGGUGUUGUAUGUAAGGUUUCCAUGCUUUGGCAUUUUUUAUCCAACACAGCGUGGUGAAUGAAUCGGUCCACAAAAAUGUUCCUUCAAUUGGAAGAACGGAUUGUAACGUUUGCUGCGUUGAGUGCACUAGUUGGGCUAGCAAUGCAGCUCCUAGCAGUUCCAACCCGGGAAUUGACUGACGUUUACUCGGCGCUACUCUCGUCUUGGAUGUCAUGAUGUUGACUUGGAUUUCACCAUUGCUGAAUGCGGUUCUCAGGUACACAACAGCUGCAUAGGCUCUUUUCGACGCAUCUGAAAAUCCAUGGAUCUGAUAGGAGCAUACUGCUGACUGCGCUGGUGAGUAAUUGGCAUAACAUCGGGGAACUCGAAUAUUCUUCAGAGCAUUUAGGUCAUUAAUGAACGUUUUCCACUUCGCUAAAGCUUCUCCUUCCAAGUUUUUAUCCCAAUUGACCCUCUCAACACAUAAAUCUUGAAAAAAGACUUUCAUGCUUAUUGUAAAUGGAGUUAACAGUCCAAUCGGAUCAAAGAUUUUGGCUGACAGUUUCAAAACACAUCGUUUGGUACCUGGAAGGGCUUCUGCGUACUCAAUCAACUCAGAUAGGUCAUAGCGAAAUUCAUCUCGAAUGACAUCCCAGUAAAUCCCGAGAAUCUUCACCAAUUGCUCUGUUUCCAGUUUAUCAUCUUUGGCACUCGAUGACUCUUCUUUCUUGAGAUUUUGUGUACUUUCACUUUCUUUGGGAGGGGAUUCCCAAACUGACGGUCCUCUUCUUUCUUCAUCCUGCUUGAUUUUUUCGCGGAAGGACUGACAGUUAGAAUUCCACUUACGCAGUGAGAAUCCUCCAUCUUUCAUGAUUUCCUGUGCUUUGUCGUACAAGUUCACAGUUUCAUUCUCGCGAAACACUCCUCCUGCCAGAUCAUCAACAUAGAAGCUGGAACUUAACAAAGAUGUUACUUCUGGUUCCUUUUCUUUGUACUUGGACAGAUGGAGUUUUAUGGUACUUGCCAGGAUAGCUGGACUUGGAGUUAAGCCAAACACAAGCCUUCGAAACUGGUAUUGCUUGAUUUGCGGACGAUCUUUCUCAAUGUCAUCGAACCAUAGAAACCUCAGCGUACUUCUGUCUUCUGGGUUGAUCUGUAUCUGAUGGAAGGCCUUUUCGAUGUCAGCUACUACAGCAAUUGGAUACCCUCGAAACUUAACCACAAUAUCAAAUAGGUGUGGCACUAAGUUCGGUCCUUUCUCUAAACACUCGUUAAUUGAAGCAGUUGACUUGUAAGAUUUGGCUGAACCAUCAAAUACAACUCUCAAUUUUGUAGUUUCCCGGUUCGACCGAAUUACGCCAUGAUGAGGUAAGAAAUGCAUUGGAGCUUGGUCGUAGUUGUGUUCUGGUACGGCUUCGAUUAUCCCGGAUUUGACUUGAUCCUUGAUCACAUUGUCAUAAUCUCUCAAUAGUUCCUUGUUCUUCUUCAGUCGCGAGUGAAGCUGUCUCAAUCUUGUAACACACAAUUUGUACUCGUUUGAAGCAGGAACAAGGCCUUCCUUCCAAGGCAGACCAACUUCGUAUCUUCCUUCAUUCUCAUUGAAAUGAAUACUCUCCAGGAACUCUCCACCAUCUGACUGUGACACGGGUGGCUUCUCUCGUACUCCUAAUGACUCAAUGUCCCAGAAUUUCUGCAAGGCAUUACAUAACUCAUCGUUCUCACUAUGACUGAUGUCAAAUGGGCUCAAGGUCAUCAAUUCCGGCCUCUCUAUGAUGAGAUUUGUAGUUGCAAACUUCUCUCUUGAUUCUUCAGCACUUGUGGGACCAGACAAGACCCAUCCGAACAUGCUGCUAACUGCUACGGGACCACUGCAGCCACGAAUGACAUCCCCAGACACAAUAUCGAAAUAAUAAUCAGAUCCAAUUAGCACAUCUAUGUCCUGUUGACCUGUUUCAGCAAUGCUCAUGUCAGCAAGCUCGAGACCUUGAAGAUGUACGUGAUUGUCGAUGUUAACUUUAGCUGACACCGCCGAGCAAAUCUUCGGGAAACAUAGUGCAGAUAUCUUGAUUUCUCCUUGAGAUCCUUGCAACCGCAAGUUCACAACAUCACAUUGUUGCUUCGUAUAUCUUUCGUCUCCAAAGGUGUUAAGAUGCAAUGUUUCUGACUUGACAGGGGACAGAUUAAGCCUCGAUUUUAAUCUGGUUGUGAUGUAGGUGCGUUGACUUCCGGUAUCCAAAAGUAUUCUAACUGGUGCGGCUUUAGAACUGACAACAUUGACAGCCAUGGCUUUCGCUGUUUGUAAGAGCACAGUUCCCUUUGCCUUGUUGCUCACUGUUGUUGUUGUCGUUGUCUCUUCGGCUGAAACUUCUUUUGGUUUCGGUUUCCCUUGGUCAAGCAUUGAACAAAUCGACUGAUGAUGCCGCUGCUGGCAGUGUCGGCAUUUUUUGGGAUUCGUGCAGUCUUUCGCACAGUGAUCAAAACGCAAACAAUUGAAGCAUCGUUUAUCCCUUUCCAAAAUACUUCUUCGUUGAGCGGUAUCUUUUACCACACCACAUGAUGCAGAGUAAUGCUCGUUUUGACGAUAGGCGCAUUUGAUUUUGAAGUUCCCACCUUGCUGAGAGACGAGUGAAUUCGCGGUUGGCGUUUGAUUUCGAAACUUUGAAUCACGGCCGGGUGGUUGAACUUUCCCGCCUUCGCUUGUUUUCGCCAUGGUCAUCUCGCUUGCUUCCCGCGCUUCGACUUCAACCUUUAUCACGUUUAGCAACUCCUCCAUUUUCCAUACAGAAUCCUUAGAGUUCCUGGCUAUCUGCAAUCGAAUCUCAGAUGGCAACUUUGACAUAAUAACAGGAAUUAGGAGACUUCCAUAUUGAUCUGAAGUUACGCCGAGCGAUGCCAAACCGCGGGAAUGAACACAAAUUUGAUCGUAGACGUAUCGAAGACUGGCUGGGCGAUCAUUAGAACACGGCGAAACCUUGAGAAGCUGAUCCAUAUGUGCGCUGAUAAUUUGUUGGGGACGCCCGAAACGUUCUUGUAAUAAUUUGACUGCUGCGUUGUAGUUCGCUUCGGUUAAGGUAAGACCCUGAAUAGCUCGAGCGGCGGCCCUUCAAGGACAGAAUUGAGGUAGUUGAACUUGUCGAUGUUGGAAAUCCCUUCGUUACGAUGAACCGCCGAUUGAAAUGAAUCCCAGAAGGUAUUCCACUUGGUCACAUCUCCUCUAAACUUCGGCAGGUACAACUUCGGUAAUCUUGCACGGACUGCAUUUUGAUUCACUGGCUGUGAUGUCGUUUGAGGAGAUCCCACGUGUUGCUGGGUUGGCAUGUUCACCUUGCUCGCAUUCUCGAUUUUGCAUUUUAGACGUAUAAUUGAGGCAGUAAAUUCUUCUGACUCUUCGAUUUCUUUAUCAAUCGUUGUAACUUCGCAUAAAGAUAAUAUCUCUUGGUCCAUUUCGCUAAGCGACUCUUGUUUUCCAUCCAAGAGUUGUCUCAUAACAUUGAGCCGUUCGUAAUCCUUGUCUUCGCUUUGCAACAUUUCGGUGAAUUCUUGAUCCAGUUUCGAUACAUAUCGUCGGUGUCCUUCACGUAUAACUCGCAGUCGUUCCAAAUUCGAUGUAUUCGCUUGCAUACUCGAUGUACUUGAUAUCUCGUGUGUUUUUGACUUCGGUUUACCCUUUUUGGGAGGCAUUGCGAUCGAAAAUCUGCCCCACGUUGGGCGCCAUUUAGUAAACACAACUGAUCAUGUUUAAUAGUCGAAAUCGAAAUUGCUUACUGACAAAAAUAUUCCCGCGUCUCGGGUUACUUGAUGGUGCAAUAAGAUCACGUGACUACUAUAUUACGCAGACAUCAAUAAAUUAACAUAAAUUAUAUAAAAAUGUUCACAACAGCUAGUGUUAAUAGUCCUUGAAAUGUUUAAAUUAGAUAGGUCUUUUCUAAAUGACUGUGUUGAGGUUGCACAGCCCCAAAGUUAGUGGUAAUGAGUUCCAUUCAGUAAUUGUACGUGGGAAAAAGGAAGCAGUUGGUAUUAAAUUGUAGUCGAAGAUAUGACAGAUGAGAAGUAUGACGUGUUUGGCGACCACUUGGCAGGAGGGGUGAAGUGGAGAUAUCAACAAGACCGUGGACAAUUUUAUACGAAAGCGUCAGGCGGGCUAUCGCCCUACGCUCCUCAACGGACUGCCAACCGAUGUUACUAAUCAUGUUCAUCACACUUGACUCUCUGCGGUAGUCUCCACUAACAAAGCGAGUUGCUUGUCGCUGUACCUUCUCAAGUGACAAGAUGUCACACUUCUCGUAAGGAUCCCAAAUCGGGCUACAGUACUCAAGCUGCGGUCUCACCAGGGUCUUAUUGUAUUAUUACCAUCAUCUUGUAAUCUAUGGUUUUUGUGUGACAAAGUAGAUUGUAAUCUUCCGUAAGCAAGAACCCCCUGGAGCACGUUUUUCGUGUGUGCUUACGACUUUCAUGCGUGGUGUCCUUCUUGUGUUCUUUAGGUGGAGGGUUUGGAGGCAAGGAAACGCGUGAUUGUUUCCAUACGAGUGUAGUAGCAGUGGCGGCUUCCAAGUAAGUCUGUCUGCGACUUUUAUACCCUCGACCGUUGCGCCAGUGGUCAAUAAAUCUCCUGCGGUUUCUAUUACUGUACGCGCGAUCAAUGAUCUUUUUAGCCUCCCACGCAGGCGUUUUUAGGGGAGCUCGUUUUUCAUCCGUGGGGAGGGAUGAAAGACGAGCUUCCCUAAAAACGCCUGUGUGGGAGGCUAUGAUCUUUCAAGAGAAAAUAGAUAGUCAGGAAACAGACUACGGCUUUUCCCAGUGCGUCCACUUAUGCCUCAAAUGUUAAUAUGUAGUAUGAACUAGAAAAUUCUCCACUGUGACACUGUUCAUUGAUUAUGGUCUAUUUAUCGUUAUCAAGAGAGAAUAUAGUACUCUUUGAGUGGUGUUGGUGAGUAGAAAUCUUUUGAAAAGAAGAAAUCUUUGUCGCCUGAGGAAUGACGUCUGAGGAACGAGCGCAGGAAUUCCAUACUGAUGACGUGUCAUUGCCCAGAUCUGGGCAGUGCUUCUGAUUGGUUGAAGUAAAUUUCGUUCGCGGUACCACCAAUCAGAAGUACGACCCAGAUGUGGAUAUUGACAGGUCAUCAGUAUGGAAUUUCUGCGCUCGUUUCUCAGACGUCACUUCGCGGGGAAACCAGUGGUGGCGUCGCGAAAUGUCGGCUGUUUUGUCAGUCUAACAUCUUUCGUGAUCUCUUUUCGAAUUCUCAUGACUACUCAUACGGAAACUGAAAUAGGAGAAUGCUCACGCGGUUUUCGAGGCUUUCUCGUGCGUGAUCGUCGACGCUUGCGAUUACCAAAUGGUCAGUUUGCUCGCCGGCUGUGCGUUCUUUCUACCACGCGCCAGUACAAAAUGAUGAGUUGACAAAACCCGCCUCUUUUAGGACUGGUAAACCUGUGCGAUCCAUGCUUGAUAGAGAUGAGGAUAUGAUGAGUACAGGCACCAGGCAUCCUUUCUUGGCUAAAUACAAGGUAAUAAGAUAACAGUUGAAGUAAACGAGAAUUUAUAGGAUAUUCUUGUUUUUUUCAGGCGCGCUUCAGUUUACUGAAACUCUAACCGAAAAGUCUCGAUGAAAAUGGUUGGAUUGAUCUUUUCGGAAAGUUGGCUUCCCGUAAGAUUACUUUUGAUCACAAUGCUAUUUUACUUUUUGGAAUUUUCAGUCUAGAACUGAAUGUAUCGGGUGCGUCUAUAGCAGUCCCGACGACCCAUUUCGAAUCUGGGUGCGAAAUUCGUUUUGAUGAGGGAGAAGCAAAUGAGAAUGGUCCGAAGUCUUGUACUAUUCGCCUCUCUAAAACGUCGAAAAUUACGAACGAAAAUUUUGGCUCACUGAAUCGCGGCAUACAUCGGGACUUGCCGGAAAAAUUGUAAAUUGAAAUGUUUUUUUACGCACAAAAUUUUGUAUUCUUCUGUCUUUGUCAACGUCUUCGCAUUUUCUAUCUUCUUUGUGUUUGUUUAGGUUGGUUUUACUGCUAAUGGCAAGAUCAGAGCAUUGGAUGUAACAUUAUACAGCAACAGUGGAAACUCUCUCGAUCUGUCCGGAGCUGUGAGUCAUAUGUCGUGUGUUGAAGCAAAGGCGUUUUUGAGCGACACACGUCAACCGGAAGUGAGGCCGUUUUCCCGUCGUCUAUGCCUUGACGCUGCCCAAUUUCUCUCCUCUUAUAGACGUUUUACCUGACAAUUUGGGCAACUACACUCUUAUCUCGGUUGGCUUGCGUCUCUCGAUAACGCCUUUGCUGAAUUCCCCCUAUUUUCUGUGACAACAAGACGCUAUAGAGCGUACACGUCGGCGUCGUGGUUGUGGAACUGAUUAAUUAUAAAUGCGGAGGAAUAGUAAGAAAUGAAAUAUGGUAAGAGUAAAGUGUUAAUUUGUGAAAUUAUGGGAUUUGUCAGGAUAUUCUGAUAAUAGCAACAUCCAAGAGGCCUACUUACCUAAAACUAGCAUUUCGGGGCAAAUUGUCUCUGAGAUAUUUUUGGCUCUCACUUCAUCAAGCCGAAUAAAACCGAAAACCUACAGACUUUGCGUGCCCAAUCUUCUCCCAAAAGUGUCAACUUCGAUACUUUCCUGAGCGUCGCGAAUCCUUUACUUCGCGCUCCGCCGAAGUAAUAAGCAGGGCUCAAACGGGUCCCUGACCAUAACAGCUACUUACUGAGAAGUUCAUCUCCAGGUUCUGAACCCCGCGACGCAAAAGUGGUUCAGUUUUUUUAAAAAUUACUCUGCCAUUGUGCCUUAACUAUGAGUUUGUGUCUUUAGCUUUAGAUGCAUGGCCAGGAUGGAAACGGGUUGCAACUUGAAAAAACUGGGCCAACGAUUUCAAUCUUAACUCCUUUGCUGUCGAAAAAAUGAAUAAAGUCUACCACACUUUGUUCUCCCUUUCAUAGAAUCACUUGAUUUCUUUCCUUUGGAGUCCCAAGCGUGACAAUUACGGAAAGAUGACUAAAUACUUAGUUAUAAUUUUAGCUCAGCCUUGACUAAAAAAUGAGGAACUCACCAUGAGAUAGGUCCUUUCCGCACGAUGAAUGCGAGGCGAAGACACAGAUAUCUCGGGAAAUUACUUGCUCCUACGGCGUGCGUAACCACCAUUUUUGCAAUUUUCUUGCAGGUGAUGGAGAGAGCUGUUUUCGAUUCGGAAAACUGUUACCUGAUUCCAAAUAUCCGCGUACGUGGUUACAUGUGCAAGACGAAUCUUCCCUCCAACACUGCAUUCAGAGGUUUUGGUGGACCGCAAGUAUGAAAUCUCUUAUCUUAUGGACAGAAGUUUUUUACAUCGUGGUAAUUGUAUAUGGUCACUUUUCAUUUCUUGACCAAAAAUAAAACACAGUUCUUUUGGUUCGAAGGGUAUGAUGUUCGCGGAAUCGUGGAUAACUGGCGUUGCAAUCACCUGCGGCAUUUCACAGAGACGGGUAAGUACCCCCCCCCUCCCCUUCUCCUUCCUCUCAGACCUCCUGCAAAGAAAGAUCAGUAACCCCUGGCCUCUUACACCACAAUGAAUUAUGGGAGAAAAAUUCAGUGAGAAUAAAACUUGUGUAACGGCCAGUGAACAAGGUAACAACAGAACUACAGAAGACUCACAGUAAGGCGUGCUUCUCAAUUACCGUUUAAAUUGAAUGGUCUUAUUCUAGGGAUCUUUUUUUACCUUAUCCCAGACUUUGAAGGGAUUUUCUGCAUCAUUUACUCAACUUAAGCCAAUGAAUGGAAAGUACAGAGUGUUUUCACAUGACGUCACGUCGGCCAUGUUGGUGUCCCUAAACAAUGAAACGGUGGCCAUGUUGGUGUCCCAUACCAGUCCUCUGGGAGUUGAACUCUUUUCUUUUGCAAACGCUUCCUUUUGUUCCGAUAAAUUUGCAUAGAUGCUGAACACGCGAGUGAAAACACUCUACUGAUCAGUGUUUUACACUUCGGUGAUCACUCUUCAGGGAUUCAUUCCCAGACUCAAAAGCUAUCACCACCUUGAGCAGCAUAGUAAAUAGUACCACAGGAAAGUAUAGCUCAGUGGUAUGUAAUUGAAUGGUCACACUUAAGGAUAACAUCCACAGACUCCAAAGUUAGGACCACUUUGUACAGAAUAACGAGCAAUACCUCGGGAAAGUACUGCUCAGCAGCUUUCAUUUGAAUGGCCACACUUUAGGAUAACAUCCACAGACUCCAGAGUUAGGACCACUUUGUACAGCAUAACGAACAAUACCUCAGGAAAGUACUGCUCAGCAGCUUUCAUUCGAAUGGUGUCUCUUGAUGAAUUCAUGCAUAAACCCACCCUGAGCCAAAUAACAAACAAUACCACAGGAAAGUACUGCUCAGUAGCUUUCAUCUAAACGGUCACUCUUAAUGAUUUCAUGCAUAGACUUAAACGUUUCUGCCACUUUGUACAGCAUAAUUGACAGUACCACAGCAACGUACCACUCAGUGACUAUUUUUGUUUGCACGCAAAUCAACAUUUCAGUUGCUUUUCUUCGAAUGAGUCGAAGGCUAGAACAUCAUUUAAAUCACAUUGGGAAUGAGAGAGUUGACUAUUAUUGUGGAACCCGCUUUAAGGACGCCUGCUUGAUACGGAUACACAUAUUUAUUAUAGACAGUCUCGUUUGUCCCUACACUGAAAAUCCCAUGUAUUUUCUCUAAAAAUAUCUCGCUUAAUACGGACACUAUGGCAUCUCCCCUUAGUGUCCGUAUUAACCGUGUUCCAAUGUAGUUUGGCAACAAUUAUUUGAGGACUGUAAGAGAGACAGAGCGCAAAUGUCUUGUUAUGGACUAAUUUAUAGGUGAGAGAGUUGAACUUCUAUCAAGAAGGUGACUUAACGCACUUUAAUCAAGCACUCACCAGCUGCCAUAUUCAGCGAAUCUGGGAUGAACUCAUAGGGCAAAGUCAUUACGAAGAAAGAAGGAGACACGUUGAGUCCUUUAACAGGUUCGUACAGCGACACUAGUCUGACAAAUUUGAGCUUCCAUGUUGCACCAGUUUGCAUCAAAGAGUACUUGAAUUGUCAAAAUUUUCUUAGACUAUCCCACAGAUCCCCUUAGAAAGUCUACCCAUCGGCACUCCUUAAGAGCUCUUUCGCGCUUAUAAUGUGUCUCCACUUAAUUAUGCCCUACCAGCGUUGAAUUCCCGGCGCCGCCCCUGGUUUGCAAACGUGGUUUUUGAAAACGGGUUAGCCUUACAAUUAUUCAAAGUUUGUAACGUUUGAAAUAAUAUUUGGAAGAACUAUGAUUUUGUCUGUCACAAGUUAGUAAUGUCUCAAGUUCUGUCGCGAAUAAGGACGCGUAAUUGGCUGCAUAAACAAAAUGGACAAGACAGCCAUGACACAGCUCCUGUAAGCACAUCCUCAAAAUGGCCGGUACUCCAGCUGUUGGUUCCUUCUGCUUAAUGCCGGCUCUUUGUCCCUGUUACAACAGAGACUAAGCGAUGGGAACAUAGCAAAUCAGUUAUCAGUCCAAUACCAUUGGACAACACUUCGAUGAAUACAGUUGAACCUUUACUAAGCGGCCACCCUCUGUUAAGCGGCUGCGGCCAUCCUUUGGAGGUUCCAACGAGAGUUCUAUUGUUCUCACCUUUAUUAAGCGGCCAUCAAGAGCUGGAUACUCUUAGUUUGGCUUUAUUUUAAUCCGGAAUAUGAUAAAGGAAAAUACAGUCCGAGAUAGACGGUGACAACCAAUUGUGGUUCAUUAGGUGAUGGUACCGUCGUACCCUGCGAGCAGAGGUUUCUCUCUUGCAAGGCUUUUAGCGUUUACGAAGUCGUUCGAGUGGCUUGUCUGUUGCGUAGUUUAUUUGUUUACGCCCCGUGAGGAACGAGGCAGACAAGCCACGCGACUUCGUAAACGCUUAAAGCCAUGCAAGAGAGAAACCUCUGCUCGCUGGGUAUUACCGUCGCGCCUUUGUUUCAAAAUAAUGCGAUGUUUCUGCUAACGAUUAUGCUCAUUUAUGACGACUCCCUAUUGAGCGGCCAACCUCCAUUAAGCGGCCACUUGCCGGCACCCCGAGUGUGGCCGCUUAAUGGAGGUUGAACUGCAGUUAGUUCUGUGGGUAAUGAAGCUUACGUUAGCUUGUGUCUUGUCUCAAGGGAAAACCGUUGGAAGAAGAGAGGUAUCGCACUGACACCUACCAAGUUUGGUAUUGCAUUUAGUGCUACAUUUUUGAAUCAGGUAGGGAGACGCUUUACACCUCGCAGAAUGCCUUUGUAGUCACAAGGAUUAAAGCAAUUUCUCUUGCAAAAUUGAUACUGAUUCGUACCCUUAAAACCUCCUUGUGUUACGCGAAAUUUUUUUCGCUUCACCGCACUUGCUCGACACACUAAGAAAGUUUGUAGCGUUAAAGACUAAAUUUUAUAGUUAAAUGGACGUUCUAUCAAAGAUUGCUUUUAUUAUUUAACCAAGGGUUUCUCAGUCGCGUACUUUUGAGAAUCUUUUGAUUAAAUGCUCAGGAAUGCCAUCAGUGACUAUAAUUAGCGCCCAGACAGCACGAUAUAGUUACCAGACCUUCUAUUCAGUGGUAGGCUGCAAAACAGUCGUGUCUUUUUCUUCUCAAAAUCAAUGUUUAAAGCCACACAAGCCCCCGUCUCACACUCCGUUUUCUUCUCGCUCCAGGACUUUUGUUUGACCGCUCGAGCUUUCUUGAGCUACGCAACAAUAGCUCACUUCGGAAAAGAGUAAUAGCCUGGGACCUAAACUACGCGCGCGCGCAUUUAUGGGAUUGUUGUUUGUGGGGGCAAGUCGAGCAGCCACCUUGAAUCGACUCCAUUCCCGAUAACUCGAAUCUUCAGGGGAAAUCGAAAAAGUUCGAUCUAUCGGGAGUUCGAGUUAUCGGGAGCUCUAAGAAAAUAGCUGGGAGAAAGGAAAAAAACAGUUUUUAUUGCACAGUGAACAUUUUAAUCACAUUUAAUUGAAGCAAUGUUAAGCGAAAAUUGAAAGAUACUUCUAGAUUAUAAAUCAGAACGUAACGUAACAAAACAUUUCCUAAAUAGAGCUUGCGUUUUAACAUUUUGAGGUUUCACGUUAGAUAUGUGACAAACAACAUAAUCCUCCACCAGUAAACUAUAUGCCUACAACACGUCAACGGGAAAUUCAAAAUUCAAUGUUUCGGACGCCAGUACACUGCUUUUUCCCCGACUUCUUAAGGGCUCAAAACAUGCCGUUCGAGUUAUCGAGGGUAAAAUUAUAUAGAAGUGAUCUGAGGGGAAACAAAAACUACUUUGAGUUAGCGGGAGGUUCGAGUUACCGGGGGUAAAAUUACAGUAAAUGUAUGACGGACAUCCAGGGGAAAUAGAUUUUGGUUCGAGUUAGCGCGAGGUUCGAGUUGGCGAGGGUUCGAGUUAUCGGGAGUUAACUGUAUGACGAGACAUGCAAGUUGUUGUGUGCCUUUGUGCACAAUUAAUUUCAAGAACUCCCCUGGUCUGGCAUUUUAUAGAAUACCAAAGACAUAACGUUUUUUUUCUGUACGGUUGUUUUGGCUCCACGGCAAAGAAGCCAUCUCUGAAGCUGUUUCACGGUGCAUUCUUCCAGUUUUUCUCGAGGUAAAAUCGCCCCAGGCACAUCUUCCUUCAGCUUCUUUUUCUCUUUCAAUUCCACUUUCCGCUUUGCUAUUUUGAGCUUUUUUAACCCCGCUGAAACAUUCCAAUUCGCUUUGCGCCAUUCGCGUCCCCCCAAAUAAUCCCACAAAUGCGCGGGCGCGUAGUUUGGGUCCAAGGCUUUCACUUUUUCCCGAAGCGAGCUAUACGGGCUGUUAAGCAGCCUUGUUCGGUGAAAUUUUUGUAUAUGGAAUCUUGUCGAAUAUGAAUAUUAAUUAAUUUAUUUUUAUUUGUUUAUUUGUUUAUUGUUUUUCUAGGCUGGUGCCUUAGUUCAUGUUUAUACAGACGGAUCAGUACUUGUAACUCACGGAGGAACAGAAAUGGGCCAAGGACUACACACUAAAAUGGUGCAGGUAAGUGAAAAAAUGGAAACUAAAGAGAUGCAAGAAAUGCUAGGUCAUGGGUAAAACCACUGACCGUUACUGUGUACUGCAUCAAAAAAUCUUAAACAAAGGCUUUACAAUCGCUUGUGACGAACAAAUUUCAUACUUUUUGAAAUUAAGUAAACAGGGAAACUUUAAACUAUUCACCAAAACUCUUAAAUUCCAACAGAGCUCUAAGAAUCCUAUAGUUUUUUCUAAAUCCUGAGAAAAAUGCGUAGUCUUGUAGCUGGGCGUGCUGUUUACAUAAUUUCCCGCGUUUGACACUGGUCACAUGUCUUUUUUUUUUCUUGAAAGUGGUCAACUCGUUGGCUCUUAAUUGAAUUUUCCCGCCCUUAGUUUAUUUUCGUUAGUCUAAUUAUUAGGUUGAUCCUUUUCCUUUUGUAGGUAGCUUCUCGUUGUUUUGGCAUUCCAGUGUCCAAGAUCCACAUCACAGAAACCAGCACCAACACAGUGGCCAAUACGUCACCCACUGGUGCUUCUGCAUCCUCAGAUCUCAAUGGCAUGGCGGUCAAGGUCAGCUAACCUAUGUUCUAUUUGUUUAUAUUUCUUUCAGCUUCCUUCUGAACGAUGGUCUUCGUAAUGCAAUGUAAGUUGUUUUCAAUGAUUGUCAAGUGUAAGUUAUUCUACAGUAUAUUUUUUUUAAACUAGUAGUAGUUGACACUACAGCUGCCCCCGCUCUGUAUAUUGUCGGUCAACAGCAUUCUUGCUCGUUGUGUAGCUCUUUGAAAUGUACCGAUUCAUAAGGAAGAUUUUCUCACAUAUUCCAUACAACAGGUGAGAUAAAUACAGGAAACGCAAGGUUCCAUGCACAGUUUCAGGUCGAUUACACAGCUUUGAUCAAAACAUUCUCAGUUUCAAGAAUAGUUUAUUCUAAACCAUAAGAAAAGAUUUAAUUUGAAGUUGAAUUUUUCGCUAUUUCUCCUUCACUUUUUGCAUUCUAGCCUGCGAAAACAUCCGUUUCUAGAGCGAGGAGAAACGGAUGUUUUCGCAGGCUAUUUACAUUCAGUUCAUUUUAUUCGCCGGAAAGGAAGCCUUAUAAGUUAAGAGGACUUUUGAUCAAUUCACACUCGCGCAUUCUAGUCUGUUGUGAAGCUAUCCUUUGUUCACUCGUCUUGCUUGUUUGGGGCCGAGUCUUAUUCCGGUCAAAGAGAGAGAAAGAGUGUCUGGCAAGGUUUCCAAUUGUUUAUAUAUACACAGUUAUUCCUCGCGAAGCGCCGAGCAAAGUGAGUUUAUAAUCUCGUCGCGCGCGAAGCGCGCGCGCAGUGCGUGAACCGAGUGUGGGUCCUAGCGAGCUGCAAACUCGCAGCUCUCAUCUUAACUUCUAUAUAUCCGAUGGUGUCCGCCAUGACGUCAUACAGUAGUUUGAAGUCACGGCGCAUUUUUGUUUCUAGGCAACAUUCGACUGAAAGCGAUUAUGACCAAAGUAUUCACGAAGAGCUGUCUUUUCAUCGUCUGCAAAACAAUGUUUACUAUCGGUGAAUCUCAAGCCAUUUCUCAUGCAAACAGAACAGCAAACACAAGAGCGCCGAAUUGUCAAUCCUCGCAGGGGCAAAUGGAAGCGAUUUUGGAUAAUUAGCCUUAACAUAUGAGCGAACAUCGCGGUAACAAAACACGUUUUAAAAGUAGGUUGAGUUUGAUCGUCCGGGUCAACGUAGUCCUGAAUAGGACUGUUGUUGUUGACAGUGACUGACGUUUCGACAACCUGUGCGGUAGUCAUCUUCAGAGUCAAAGUGAGUUGUAUCACGUCAGUUAAUGGUAUUAUACUCUGGUUAUUGAUCUGAUUGGUCAAUUACGUCGCGAUGUUAUUGGUCGUCUGUCAGUUAAGCCGUGAUGUUAUUGGCUAUGGAGACUCGUAAUCAGUAACUGGUGCGUUUCGAUCCGUCUGUAAUCACAGUUAAACAGUCGUCUAUUGUUGGUCAAAUUGUCAGUUCUCCAAAAACGUCUUCCAGCAAAACACGUUUUGCUGGCAGAAGAGUUUAUACGGUAUCGACCUAGAUUGUUGGCCUUCCAUUCUUUACAUGUAAAUGCGAUGAAAUGCAUUUACGUUGGGUUUUCACUGUCGAAACUGCAGUCACUCUUCUGAAAAAUAUCUUUGAAUUCACGUUUAAUAAGGCUGGAAGGUUUUAGUAAUAAAAUUUCAACAAAGCUUUCUGUGUGUUCCACGUGGCGUAGUGGUAAAGCUUUGGCCCGGUGCGUUUAAGGUCCUGAGUUCGAUUCUGGGCAGAAUUUUUUUCUCUUCGCUUCUUUUCUUUUCUUCUCUUGUUCUUUUCUUUUUCUUUUCUUUUAGUUUUCAUUUUAGGUAUAACAGUUUUGUUAUGUUUCUAUAUGUAGCUUACAAUUUUUGGAUUUACAAAUUUUCUUCUCGGCUUUACUUGCCGUUCCCCCGAAGUCCCUUCGCGAGGUCUUGCGAUUUACGUAUUUCUAGUACGCACCUUAUAACUUCUUCUGGGCUUAACGAGUGUCGCAACGCAAAAGAGUGCCGAAGUAUGACUUCACAAUAAAUGUCACAAAAUCUACCUAAGCGGUCCCUUGGGGAUGUUCUGUCUUUGCAUCAUCCUAACCAUUUCGUACUUGCGGGCGCAAACAAUAGAAACGUCAUCAUUACCUACCGAUUCCUCGCGGCCCCGGUUCAAGCAAAUCGAGAUUAUUUCUAUAUUGACUGUAUGACUGUAUAUUUCAACUGUAAGUACUUUCCUUAAUAUACGCGCGAGUUACUAGGGUGCCCCCUCGGGAUUUCGCCUUCUGGGCGAAAUUCCUGCGGGGGGCAAAAAAACGUUUUAUGACACAUUGCUUGUUGCAAGUAUGACUCAGCCUUACUUUUCUUUAAAAUUGUUGAGCGAGGACAUGAGCCAAGACCAAGCCCUUCUUCUCGCUUAUCAGCUGUUAAAACUUUUUUUUUUUCGUUCUGCGCGCCCCUUUGAAUGGCUUCUUCCUUUGGAACAAGUAUUUAUCAUGAACCUAGACUAGACACUUAUGUACAUGCCCGCAUCUUGUAUAAAUAAGUGCAGACGUUUGAACAUUUGCUCUUAAAUUUUGUGAUUUAAUUGGGGCAAUACUAACCUGGGCACCACUUGAAUACUGUAUGAUGUGGUUUUGCAGAUUGCAUGUGAGCAGAUACUAGGGAGGUUAAAACCCUAUCAAAUGGAGAAUCCUAGGGGAUCUUGGGAAGACUGGGUAAGUUUAUGGAGACAACCCAUUCUAUCGACCAUUGCCGGUGGGUCAGUAGGACCAGUAGCUCCGUUGGUAAAGGGGUCUGUUAGUCAAGCCUUUAAUUUGCUCCCAGUUUGUCAACCAGUUGGUCAUCCUGUUUGUCGAUAAGUCGGUGAUUUGUUCGUGUUUUAUUGUUUAAUUAGCCAGUUUUCUCGCGUCUUUGUGGUGAUCUAUUAUUGACAGUUUCUUUCUCUGUUUACUAGGUUCGCUCGGCCUACUUUGAUAGUGUCAAUCUUUCUGCUAAUGGAUUUUACAAGUAAGAAAGUAUCAGUGUUACGUUUAUUAUUUUGUAAUUGUUAAUUGUGUGCGCAACAAAUGUCAAUUGACGCAGACUCACAGACAGUUGAUUCAAAAUCGGAAGGAAGAGAGGUCCGAGGACAAUUCCCAAAAAUACUGACCGUAGUGAAGAAACUCUGAAGUGAAGGGAUUCCUGAAUACAGAGCUAAAUAUCUUAGGGUUUUACGUGUAUGGCUCUGUACAGGGGUAGAGGAUAGAGUAACUAUUAAAAUAUUUGUAUUGUGCGAAAAAUUCUGGAACUAACGUUGGAUCGAGGGUUGUGUAGCGUAAUCUUUUGACAUACAAAUAUUAGCCUCGACAGCAAUUAUCGUUCCUGUUCGCUACACAUGGUUCCUAGCCGUCUAUUUUUGUGGCGCCUGCGCGUUGUCUCUGUUUUGACUGAAAUGAAUAUGGCUAGCCUGUAAUGAUUUGUGUUACUGAUUGUAGUAGAGAAAUCCCAGCUCGCGUCUUGUUAAAAGGUAUAAUGGUAACGCUUUUUUGCUGCAAUUUUAGUUUAACGCAGCUUUGUUUGCUUGCUAUCACACAGAACGCCGGAUCUGGGAUAUGACUGGAAGACCAACACAGGCAGGGUUUUUAACUACUUCUGUUUUGGAGCUGCCUGCUCAGAAGUGGAAAUCGACUGCCUCACAGGAGAUCACCAGGUAAGGACAAUACUGUCGCGCCGUGUUGAGAAUGCUACGUCACUUUUAAUUGCCAAGCUUUGUGAAAUAUGCUUGAUCGAAAACAUCGGCUACAUUAUUUCUUGACUGCUAUGUAACACAAGAUUGUCAAACGUUGUAGAAUGAAUCGGGUUUGGUAAAUUUCACCCCCAAGCCUUCAUUUGAAACGAGGCUUGGUAUUGAAAUUUGCUCGUAUGGCGUAAUCAUGCAUAAGGGCCAUUGAGGUUUCAGGGAAAAUGACCACCUACCCCUCUCCUAAGUCAACAUUAACACUUACUUCUCAGUUAGGGCAAAAUUGUGACUUAGGGAAGGGAUAGGUGAUCAGUUACACAGAACCUCAAAUGAUGCCGUAACUCUUCAGUCCCUGAGUCACUUGCAUGUACGUGUCGUGUAGCAUUUUCUUUAAAAUACAGUCCUUCUUUGUAUGAUAAUAAAAACAAUUAUUGGACGAGGUUGAGCAAGCGAGGUAUAGUGGUAAGCGCAUCACUGUUGUGUAUUCAUAUUUGUCCAACAGGUUCUCCGCACAGACAUAGUGAUGGAUGUUGGUAACAGUCUUAAUCCAGCUAUCGACAUUGGGCAGGUCAGACAUUUUAGUAGAUUUGGUCCCCGCGAAAAUAGGUCAGUUGACAUACGUUUUUAUUACGGGCGUUCUCCACGUUUUUAAGGUACCUGCCUACGUCAAGAGAAAAAGCGAGCUUUCCCUUCACCACUACCCCAAGUAAUGUUUCAUUUGGGGUGGGGUGGGGUGGGGAAUGAGGAGGGGUUUUGAUUGUUUGGUUCUCCGAUAGAUACCGCAUAAGCAUGUCACAAAAGUGUCUCAAUGAUUUUGUCGCUGAUUUUCAACCCCAUUUGUUUUUUUGUUUUCAGUUUUAAUAUUUUUUCCAGGUUGAAGGUGGCUUUGUCCAAGGACUAGGUUUAUUUACCAUCGAAGAAAUACGCUACUCUCAGACUGGCACGCCGUGGACCACAGGGCCUGGAGCCUACAAGAUCCCCGGAUUUGCGGACAUUCCAGUGGAAUUUUAUGUUCAUCUAUUGCGGAGUGCACCGAACGAAAAAGCGGUUUUUUCUUCAAAAGUACGAAGAAUCUUCAUAGAUGUUUAAACGCUUCAUUUCCUCUUCAUUGUGUAUCAUUUUAAUCGCCCUAAGUCUGUGUGGAUUAUUAUCCUUCGUCAGCAAGGCCUGUUUCCCCGAGAGAUCAAUUUAUGGCAGGGUUAAGCCAGAUUUGAAGCGAAGUUUUUUUCUCUAGGAACAUUUUAAAAAACCGGACAUUUUUUAUCCCGACAAUUCGUGUGAAUGGGGCCAUAAACCAGCCAGGAGAUCUGUUUGAAAAAGAUGCGGUUUUGGUCUGCAUAUUCACUGGUAUCUUGUGGACGGAAGGUUGAUUCUGGUAAAAAUAUGCGGAUUGUGAAAUAUUCGGAUUGGUGUGGAUGAGGCCCUAUUCUGUAGAUUAGUUAGCAGUGAUGUUGUUACAAUUAGUUAUGGUGAGUCCUGGGAGUCAUCAUGUGAACAAAACAUGAGUCCUAAUCGAGACCCAUUCAGUCCCAGUUCAAAAGACAGUAAGUCCUAAAUUGUAAAUGCUUGGGCCUUUAUGUGAACAGACAGACAAAAGAUAUUCUUUUGUAAAGCACAAUGAAGACUAUGCGUUGUUAAACAACAACCACAGAAAUCACACGAACAAGAUAUUCUACAAAAACAUCUUCAGAUCGAUCGAUCAAUCGAUCGAUCUUUGCGUCAUACUGGACGCGUGCCAUGAACUUUUGUGCGUCUUUCGGGAUUUUUAUGCGUCAGGGACGUAGGACGCAUAGGUAACAAAAUCAUAGAGUUAGUGCUACAUCCUCGCUCCGAUUAGUUUCUUCUUCUACGCUAGCAUUUUAUAGAGUUCUAUCGCAUAAAAGAAAUCUUCUGGAGGCGAAAAAAGACCGCGGAAAAAUAAAUUAAAUGUAAUAUCUUCUGAUAACAGUCAUACUUUACUUUCAGGCCGUCGGCGAGCCUCCCUUGUUCCUAGCCUCUUCAGUAUUUUACGCUAUUAAAGAUGCCAUCAUGUUCGCCAGGUUAGAAUUUUUCUUUAUUAGAUUAAGCCCUAAAACUGAAACUCUCUCUUAUCUAACCUGAAAGAAAUUCCCUUAUUUCAUGGUUUGCAACGUCCUUUACUUACGUUGGAAAACCUGUCACGUUUUUUCCAUGUUUUUCGUAUUUUGAAUCCUGUAUUUUGUAAAUUUUAUCUUAUUAUAAUGGAGAGUAAUUACAGAUAUCAUAGGACGAAAACUCUGUUUUCUUUUCUAGCCACCAAUUUUGCUCAUCCUUUUGUUCGUUCUUCCUUUCUUCCUUCCAGUUUUUCUUUCUUUCGUUCCUUUUUUCUACUUUAUUUCAUAUUUAUUGAUUUACAGUUUGUUGUGCACUUAUUUAUGUAAUUAUUCCGCAUGUAUUUACUUUUAUUUAGUAUUUACGUUGUGAAUUCAUGUUAAAUUUUGUACCUUAGCGUGUGCAGCCGGUUGCAGUUUGAAAUUAAAAUAGUUGUUUUACCUGUCCUUAUUUUAGGCGCGAGUCAGGUGUUGAAGGGGUGUUUAGACUGGACAGUCCAGCUACUAGUGAGCGCAUCAGGAUGGCUUGUGUUGAUGAGUUUACUAAGCAGGUAAGAAAGUUUAUUUUUUGCUUUAACCGCCAAGAAAGUGAACUGGAGGUGGGAGGCGUAUAG